AUUUUCCAAGUAAAUACUAAAUAGUGCACAGCUACUGGUAUUGAGUUUUCAAAUUAUUGUACAUAUUUGAGAAUGUUUCGACGUAAUUAUCGUAUAAAUAGUUGAAUUUUCGCUCGAAAUUAUCGCCAAAUCGAUUACAAUUCACUUGUGCUUCUCAAUGGUCCAACGAAAUGACAGAAGCUCCCAAGAAGUUAUGCAAAUUCCUCUGAUAACGUCCAAAAUAAUUAGAUAUCCGAGCUAUGGACGAACCAAUCAAGAAAAGAGCGAAAAUCGAAGAAAUUGAUAUCGAACGUGUGCUGGGUGUGUUUCAGCAACACUUGCUGCGCAACUGUUUAUGUACGUUUUCGGAAUUCGAGUUACAAAAACUGUACAACGUUCUACGAACAGAUUCCACAUCGAGACUAACUCGCAAUCAAAAGCUACUGUUGAUCACGUCGAUCCAGUUAAUCUGCGAUAUCGCGAUAAAACAGAACUCGAAAAGCCAUAUUUGCGCCGGAAUUGCCAAUAUUUGUAAUACGUUCGCGCGUUACGAGGCAGAACUAACGGAUUACUUUUUGAAACUAUCCGAGGACUCGGAUCAGUACAUUUCAUUCGCUACUAGUCGAGCAGUGUCGUCGUUUUUCAUAAUAGUUAGAACGCACAAUGACCAAAGAUUGAUGGAAGAGGCUGACGAAACGGACGAAAUGCUACCAGACCAAGAAGAAGACGAAGACGAUCAAAUAUUGCUGAAUUCGGUGACAGCUAGCUUAGUCGAGUGUUCGAGACUGGGCAGCGAGUCGUUUUCACUGGAUACGGUAUCGUUUUCUUUGGACGUUCUGAAAAGGUUGAUAGAAUGGAGAGAAGUAGAAGUGCACACGUUGGAAGAUUCAUCGUCCGAAGACGAAAACAGACCAGCGGCUGAAAAUUGUCGAGCUUUGACGGUCGUCGAGUCGCAACGAAUCGAUUUCAUGCAGAUAAAAUGCCUGUGUAUAAAUUCGCUGAAAUCGAGUUGGCCCGUUAUAGUGACCAAUUUCAAUAACUUGAUCGCCGGUAACGAUCCGAUGUACGAUUAUCACAUCAUUACGUUUUUAAAUCUUUGGGAGACUAUAAUCUCGGUGAAGGCGAAUCUAUCCGUGAACGAUACGAAGUUAUUUUAUUCGAAUUUAGACACGUAUAUCCAACUUCUGUCUCCGAAUACUCCUCCUAUUAUUUGGAAGCACAUACUUAGCCUUUUGAACGAAGUACUAUGUUACGGCAGUACGCUAGCGUUGCAAGAUGUCUUAGCCAAGGAACCGUGCGAUUUAGCUCAUUCUAUCGUCAGAAACGUAAAAGAUGUACGAAAUCGUAACCGAAACAUUUUAUACGUCGUACCUUACAGAGAAGGUAGCGGACGAUUCGGCGGCGGUGCCGGAGACGGCGAUAAAGUUCUACUGAAGCGGUUAAUAUUACUCAUUUUGAAAGCAGUCGCCGUAACUGUCAAAGAAACGAGGUACGAUUCAUCCAGUGACUCGUCGCUCGGCUCCGAAAUGGAGGAAAUGGACAGCGAUAUGGCCCUGAUAGCGCGAAGCAUCGAAGAAGUGCUCGACCAACUAGACGCCAGCGUUAAACAGAUCAUACCGUUCCAUCCUAGAGCGCCGUUGGCCCAAUGGAUAGUGCAAGUCUUCACCGAUCAAGACGAUUACUUGAUCGAAAGCAUGGUUUGCUGUCUCGACGUAGCCGUUGGCUUGUGUUAUCGCGAAAACGCUUCGGCCGAGCUGCGUCAAAAGCUCAAUCCUACGAUAACGUUCUUUCAGUUCCUUCAAACGGUCUCGUUCGACGCGAACGUGCUGUUGGAUUUCUUAGUCUCGAACGAGACCUGCUUUUUACUCUAUAUUUUAAGGUACCUGAAAUACGCGUGUAAAAAUUGGCGCGAAUUCGUCGAAAGUUGUCCCGACGAAAGAGGACGUAUCAUUAACGUACUAGCAAACCUUAGAAAAUCUAUCAAAGAUUUAGUUAAAAAGGAAUUAUUCCCUUAUAACAUAGGACCGGUUUUAAAAUUAUUGAAACGAUGUACCAAAUGCUCUUCGACGUGAUGAAGAUACUCAAUUUUUAUUUUACAUUUGCCUUCUUCCAAUUUCAUAAUUUUAUUGUUAAAUAAAAUCACUCAUUUUUUUGUAACCGGUUUUUUUUUUACUUUAUUUUUUUCUUUUUUGUAUAUUUUGCUGCUAGUAAAUCUUCCCGUGUAUGUGUGUUCAAAUUUUAUCGUGUUUUCCCUCCCUCCCUAAUUAAGUACCUAAACUUUUUUAUUUAUUUAUUUUUCUUUUGUAAUAUUAUGAUUACGAAAAAAAUUUUAAAUCUUAAUUUAUUAUUGUUCUAGUUUAAAUGUAAAAUAAUGUAUUUAAAAAAGUAUUAAUGAUUCUGUAAAUAUUUCUGUACAUAUUUGCCUCUUCUUUUUUUUUUAAAUGAUUUAUUUUUACAUUAUUUAUACUAUUUUUUUUCCUUCUUUUUUUUUAUAAUUUGUACAUUUUAUGUAUUAAAAUGGGUAAAUUUCUAAAAGUUUUGAGCUUUUUCUUAUGGUUUUAUUUUCGUUGCAAUUUUUUACAUUUAGCUUUUUGUUUUAUGCGUAUGAUGAUUGAUGAAUGAUGAUGAAUUGCGUAGAUGCUUCUUAGCAGUAUCUUCGAAAUUGAUUUAUUUUGCCUGAAUUAGUUCGGUUGAGGCUUUCUUAUGUAAUUUACUGUCUUUUUUUUUUUUUUUGUAAUUGCUGUCAAGAUUUGUUUUUAUUAAUAUUUAAAAGGGGUACCGGGUACCGGGCUUUCAACGAAAAAAUCAUUCAGAUAUUGAACUAUGAGGAAUGUCCGUUUUAUUGAACCUGGAAAUUACUUACCUCAUUUUAAAUUACCUUGCUCUGACUUCAUGAUGAAAUAAGUUUCAAGUACCUAAAACCAGCUCUGCUGAGGGUGAUUGGAUUUGAUUUGUUCAAAUAGGUCUGACUGUGAUCUGACUAGAUCUCCGAGAGAAGGGAAUGUCCGGAUCUGAUCAGAUCUAAUUCGAUCGGACUUUCCCUAAGUACAGUUUGAAGAGUUUUGAUCAAAUCUAGUAAGGGAAAACCUGAUAAGAUCAGAUUUGUUUGAUUUGAAAAGAUCAGAUCUGUUUGAGUGUUUGAUCUGACAUGAUCAGAUCUGUUUAAUCAGAUAAGAUCAGAUCUGUUAGAUUUGAAAAGAUCAGAUCUGUUUGAUUUGAUAAGAUCAGAUCUGUUUGAUUUGAUAAGAUUAGAUCUGUUUGAGUGUUUGAUCUGACAAGAUCAGAUCUGUUUGAGUGCUUGAUCUGACAAGAUCAGAUCUGUCUGUUUGAUCUGACAAGAUCAGAUCUUUUUGAUUUGAUAAGAUCAGAUCUGUUUGAGUGUUCGAUCUGACAAGAUCAGAUCUGUCUGUCUGAUUUUAUCUGACAAGAUCAGAUCUGAACCAUUUAUCAAAUUAGGUAGUUGAAAUUUCAUUUUCGGUUUUGAUUUUGAAGAACUGAAAAUGAAGGUUUGUUUCAAACAUUGGUUCCAAAUGCGCAACAUUUGCGAACCAGUUUAAUAGUUCCCAGUUUCGAAUGAUUUUCAAAACUUUCUUCAAAAAAGAGGAGAUUGGCCAUGGUUUAAAGUAAUACGUUUUAGAGAACGAAGAAUUAAUACGUUCAUAUAGGUAUUUCAGAAACAAUUUUAUUGGUAUCUUAUUCCAAAUUUCCAACCAUCCAUCGACCAAGUAACACAUUGAAAAUUGGUUUAAAUUGAAAUUGUCGAACUUAUUAGUUGAUAUCGGAAACCUGGGAAGUUGUUAGAAACAUCUCAUAUCAAAAUUGGCAAUUCCGGUCACCUUUCUGACAAAUAAAUUCGUAAAAGACAAGGCUCCCAAUUGAUCGUCAAUCGAACUAAUUCAUCUUCAUCUUAUUUAAAUGACUGACAAUAUAUCUGUGAUAAUUAAUUGCUACUCAGCUGAAUAUUAUUCCUAGUAGAUGCGAGUAAAAUUAAUCAACGGUAUUUGAAUCGUGCCUUCAAACGAAGUCUAUUUUAAUACUAGAAAUAAGAAGUAUUACUAACGAAAAUAAAAUCGCAAACGACACCUUAAGGUAAAACACCAUUUUAAUUAUUAAUUUUGUACGAAUUUAAUUAUAAUCAAAAAAAAAAAAUUGUAAUGUAAUAAUAAAUUUUCAUUGUUAUUGCAGCACUACUUUAAUAAUUUUUCAACGAACGAUAUUUGAA